AUGGUUUUCAUCUCUCCUGUUGUAAUACCAGCAGUGUUUUUCUGGGGGGUAUUUUAUGAUCUUUUCAAUUCAGAACUGCCACUCGGAAUUGACCAACCUCUAAAGCUGCGGUUUUAUCAUUCAGUGAUGAUUACAACCAUGGUCUUGGGAAAGAUUUUGCAGAAGCUGGGGAUCUGCAGUGACUUAAGCUUACUGCGAAUUGUGCUCGAUGGAAUACCACCAUGCAGAGAUUCUAGACUUCUUAUCAAAGACCUCAAAGUAGAUGAAGUACCAUUGAGGAUUUAUCAGCCCAAAUGGCCACCUACUGGCAAAAGAAGAGGCAUACUGUAUUUUCAUGGAGGCGCUGGCACAUUUGGAAGCAUUAGAGCCUUUGAAAGAAUAUGCCGCUAUAUGGCCAAAAAGUGCAACUCAGUGGUUGUGUCUGUGGGUUAUCGUUUGGCUCCUGAACACCCAUACCCAGGGCAGUAUUUUGAUUGUCUCAAUGCCACCUUAUACUUUAUGAGGAAUUUAGAAGAGUAUCAUGUGGAUCCUGCUCUCAUCAUCCUUAGUGGUGACAGCUGUGGAGCUAAUUUUGCUACAGUUAUUUGCCAAAUAUUGCUGAAUAAAAGAGAUCUCCCGAAAGUACGUGCUCAGGUUUUACUUUAUCCAGGACUGCAGGGCCUAGAUUUCCAGCUGCCUUCCUACCAGCAGAAUGCUUCAGUGCCCGUGUUGUUUCGGAAGUUAGUUGUCUACUUCUGUUUUCGCUAUCUUAAUAAAGAACCAUCAGUUUUGGAAGAUGUCAUCCAAAACCGCCAUGUUCCAGAGAGCAUGAAACAGAAAUAUAAGAAAUGGGUAAGUGCUGACAUUAUUCCUGACAAAUUCAAGAUGAGAGACUACGUACCCCAGAAACCCACCUCAUAUAAACCUGAAGUCCACGAAGCAAUCAAAGAAAUUUUGGCAAUAACAUUUUCCCCACUCUUAGCUGAAGAUUCCAUUAUUCGCCAGCUCCCAGAAUGCUACAUCUUGACCUGUGAGUUUGAUGUGCUCAGGGAUGAUGGGCUGUUAUACAAGAAGCGAUUAGAGGACAAUGGUGUUCAAGUGACCUGGUAUCAUUCUGAGAGUGGUUUCCAUGGAAUUUUGUCCUUUUUCGGCUAUGGGAUUUUUUCCUUUUUAACUGGGAAAAAGAUAAUGGAUAGUACUGUGAAUUUUAUAAACAGCUUAUAG